AUGUCCCCUAUAUCAGAGCCGGGAGCAGGAGCGGCGGUAACAUCGGCGAGCGCCGCUGACGCUGCUACACCCACCGAAACCCAAGCGGAAACGUCCCAAACAUCAACCGAAGCAGCUCCCACACCCCAGUCGACAACAACAUCACAAUCGACAACAUCCGAAUCUUCGACAUCUGUACCUACGUCGUCUACAUCGUCUACAUCUUCGACAUCAUCGACAUCGAUAUCGACAUCGGAGUCAACCUCUUCUACUACGACAAUACCAAUAGCACCGACGACAAGUAGCACUUCGAGCACUUCUACAAGUACUACCGAAGCUCCCGCCACCACUUCUGAGACCACUGCAACUCCCGAUGUGGUCACCACGGUGGUUACGCAGACACCAACCAAUGGGGCCACUGGGGUGGAGACCCUGACAAUAACAUCGACCGAUACAGCCAUUCCAACUGGAACUUCUGGGACUGCGGCGAAUGGCGUGUCUACGACAGUCAGCGGAUCAUCAGCUACAGCAUCAUCUACGGGUGGUAGUGGAGGUGGUAGCUCUGGACUUUCGGCUGGCGGCACCAUAGCCGUUGCGGUGGUUGUGCCAGUCGCCUCGGUGGCUAUAAUCAUACUUGCGGCGUUGUACUUUUGGAGGAAAUGGAAAGCAAAGAAAGCGGCAGAAGAAGAACGGAGGAAAGAGGUGGAAGAGUACGGGUUCAACCCGAAUAACGACCCCUCUCUACCUCCAAUAAUGGGCGCCGGAGCCUUCGAGCCGAAAGACGAUAAUACUUCUUCGGGAUACCGAGGCUGGGGAACGACGUCCGCUGGCCGCAAAGCAUCCACCAACUUAUCAAGUGGCGCUGGAGUUGGCUUGGCGAUGUCCGAGGCUGGAAGUGCGCCUGGCUAUCAUCACGCAGCUACCCCGAGUGAUGGAACUAUCCAGUACUCCGAAGGACAAGGUACUCUGGGAGAAACCGAACUAAUUGGGGUUUUGGGUGCUGCACCGGUAGCUGCGGCGAACAGUCGAAAUGUCGACAUUCAUCGUGGCCCAUCGAACGCCUCAUCGGCAUAUUCCGCAGCCAACCGAUCGGAAGCGUCUGAGGAGAGCCACAUGUCUGCCACUCACCCCUCGGGCCCUUUCUUUGAUGAGAACCCAUACUAUACCGAUAUGCAGCCUCAAUACGGGACGUAUGGCGAAGGUCCCUAUGGCGGUGCCCCGCCUGUAAUUCGGGAUGUCCAGGCGCGGCGCAAUACACGAAUUGAAAGCCCUGCCGUGUUCCCUAGACAGGGAAACGCCGGUAUUGCGCAGAACUUCUGA